AUGUCUCCGGCUAAUUUACGCUGGCUGAUGGGGAAUGGCCCCCACGCCCUGUCGGAUGGCGUUUCGUUUGGAAUGCCGUGGCCGCGGGGCCUGUACCAGCCAGGUCAGGGAUUUGUGAUCGAAGCGAAGGAUGCCCAAUGGCCUAUUGAUUCGCGUGAACUCGCCUAUUGGGCCGAUGGCUCUCUUAGAUGGACUGCUCAUUCGGUUAGUGGUAAUAUUGACUAUGCUGAGGAGUACACGGUCAAAGGCGUGUCGCAUCCACCCAAACCCACUGGCAGCAUCACGAUUGGACAGCAGGAGUCAUCACUAUCGGUGACUUCCCCAACUGGGCUGUAUCUGAGGUUUGCUGCACCUGGCAGCUCAUCAAUCCUCGAGCACCUCGAUAUUCAAGGGCAACCAAUUUGCUCUGGGGCCACGGUGGUCGCAUCUAUCAAUGAGAAAGAGUACAGAACUCGAGUGGAGACGGUGAAUGUGGAGAACUCCACCCCCAGCCGAGCUCUGAUCAAAGUAUCUGGUGUGGUGGAAGAUGGUAAUGGCAGCGCCCAUCUCCCCUUCGACAUUCGAUUCUAUGUUUACUCUCACAGCUCUUCGAUUAGAGUCCUCCAUUCGUUCGUCCACGAUCUAGAUUCAGACAAAGCUAUCACGUCCCUCGGCUUACGGUUCAAUGUUCCACUUGGGAAAACCGAACUACACAAUCGCCACGUGAGACUGGGCGGGUCCAGUGGAGGCGUUCUGAAAGAGGAGGUGCAGGGUCUUUCAGGAUUACGGCAUGGUCCAACCGUUGCAAAUCGAACGGAUCAAACAGCGGGACGAGAAGUCAUCCUACAAGAAGCCGAGUGGACUAGAACAAAACUCGCCAAUGGGCUGUCGUAUAUCCCAUCAUGGGACUCGUAUUCCCUCGCCCAGCUUUCUUCCGAUGGCUUCACCAUCAAGAAGCGGACAAAGCCGGGCUGCUCCUGGGUCAAAGUCACUGGUGGUGGACGCGCCGAUGGAACUGCAUACGUUGGAUCAGCUUCCACCGGAGGUCUUGCAGUUGGCAUGUCCGACUUUUGGGAGCGGUAUCCCACACAGCUUGACUUGAACCACUUGACCACCGAGGAAGGCUCUGUCACUGUGUGGCUAUAUUCACCACUUGCAGAGCCUCUGGAUACAUCUCCGUAUCACGAUGGACUUGAUCUCGAUACCUACGAAAAGCAACUGCAAGCUCUUGAUGUGACUUACGAGGAUUUUGAGCCGGGAUUCGUCUCCGCGAAUGGUAUUGGAAGGACCAAUCAGCUCUUUUUGAGACCAUUCCUUCAUACCCCGUCGAAUGAAGACUUCAGUUCCUUCUCGUCAUUGGUUCGUGAGUCACCUCGCUUGAUUGCCACUGCAGAGCACAUGCAGUCCUCGGGCGCGUUUGCUGGAUGCUGGGCCCCCGAUUCUCAGACCUUGGGAUUGAAACCAUCACGCCAACAGGCCGAGAUCGAGGGCAAGCUUUCCCUUUUGUUCAAUUAUUACCAUGGACAGGUUGAGCAGCAUCGCUGGUACGGAUUCUGGGACCACGGAGAUGUGCAGCAUACCUAUGAUCCAUAUCGACACGCUUGGAGAUACGAUGUCGGUGGAUUUGCGUGGGACAACUCCGAGCUCUCGACGGACCUGUGGCUGUGGCUUUACUUCCUCCAGACCGGACGAGCCGAGGUGUUCAAAAUGGCGGAAGCGAUGACUCGACACACCGGAGAAGUUGAUGUCUAUCACUCUGGAAAAUUCAGAGGGUUCGGCACUCGACACGGUGUUCAGCAUUUCAGCGACAGCUCGAAGCAGCUCCGUAUUUCCAAUGUGCUUUAUCGCCGGAUUUACUUCUACUUGACCGGGGAUGAGCGCACCGGUGAUUUGAUUUCAGAGCUCCAGGAUUGUCAAAAUACCUUGCUAGUGCUGGACUCACAUCGCAAAGUCCAAGAGCAUGCCGGUAUCCCCGAAAGGUUUGCCAUGACAAACAUUGGUCUGGACUGCGGAGCCCUUAUCGCAGCUUGGCUCACGGCAUGGGAGCGACGCUCAGAGGGAUGGGUCCACUACAGGGACCUCCUUAUCAAACUACUUGACGGUAUUUCUGGACUCAAACAUGGAAUUGGGAAUAACGCAAUCCUCCUGAACCCAACCAGUGGAGAGGUGCGAGAGUGCCCUCCCCCGACACCAGAGUAUGCCAUCUCUCAUCUAUCUAUGCUGUUUGGGUUCCCAGAGAUCAUCGCCGAACUCUUCCAUUUUGCUCGAGAAGAGGUUCCGGAUACCGUUGGAAGAUUUAUGAAUGUGUGGCUUGCAUACUGUCGAGCUUACAACGGGGGCCCAGACGUCCAGCGCGAAGAAUUUGGGUUCAAAUUCCCAUCCCAUGCAACAUGGCGGCAAAGUCACUCGACUCUUACGGCCUUUGCAGCGGUUGAACAAGAUGAUGAAAAGCUGGCACAUGCUGCGUGGGAGCAAUUUUUCAACACCGAUGGGUAUACGGCAGACCAUGAUUGGAGUGCCAUAAAAUGUACGGCUCCUGAAUAUUUCUCAGAGGGGGAAGAAGCGCCAUGGAUUACAACGAAUGAAGCUGCUCGGUAUGGGGUAUCUGCGAUCUCCAACCUGGCGAGCAUCGGGAAAUUCUUGAAAUAG